AUGUCAACGCCGGUUCCCCCGUCUACGCCAGUCGCACAGUCAGCUCCGUCAACUCCUCUCACCGGCACAUGGAGGCACCCCAAGUACGAUGAGAUUGUGAGGAGACAGAAGGCCGCGGCUUUCACAUCCGCCAAUGCUGUAAAGAUUGCAUACAACUUCCUGGGAUGGCUAUUAGCGUUGAGCUUCGGGCGAAUGGUAUGGAGAUUCAUGCCGGGACUCUUUUACCCUGGCAAGGCUCUCUACCCAUAUGCAAAUUGGGUAUACUGGGCGCUCCAAAUGGUUUUCGCCCUCAACAUCAUCAUCGCAUGCCGGCCACUCUUCGUAGCAGUCGACAAGUUCGAAGAUAUUCCGUUGACCCCCGCUCAACGAAAGCUCCUCGGAAUCCCAGCAAGCUCCGUCCCUCUCACACCUGGCUCUCACUACAGCACUCCGCCAAAAUACACACGCACACCAACACCUUUGAGUGGCUCUCCUGUUGCGAAAGGCAACUACUCGAACUCUCCGCUGUCAGGGAAGGGAAGUCCCAACGGUGGCAAUCUGUUCUCUCCGAACGCCAGUACGAUGCUGCAGAAGGUAAUGGGGGGAGGAAUGGGUGGGAGUAGAAGGGCCUCGUAUGGCUCUCAAAGUCCUCUGGGUCCGUCUAGCUCGAGAAUCAACUUGCCUGAUACACCUAGCUCGCCAAGUCCGGCUACCAAGACUGGAGGAGGAAUUGCUCUGAACAGCAAGUGGCUCUAUGAUAAGGGAAGAAGGAAUUCUGGGAGCACUCGGCUGUACUAA